UUGGGUUAAGAGAAAAGCGCAAUCUCUUCUUCUCUAGGGUUUGCGAAAUUGCUUUCUCUUCAAUCGAAACCCUAAUCAUUGAUCAUCAGGAUUAUUAGAUCGGACCAGAGAGAAAGAAUGUCUCGGUGUUAUCCUUAUCAUGGACCUCCGAAUGCGAACAAAGGAGAGGCCUUGGACGAGUUGAUUAAGCUUCGAAAAGAUAAAGAUGAAACAAAGUUGAAGAGGAUAAAGUUAAGGAAAGAAUGCUCAAGAAGUACUGAGACAGAAAAAUGUGAUAAAAUAGUGAAAAAUAAUGAUUUUCAAGAGAAGAACAAGAAGAAGAGAAAAAAUGACUUAAAUGGUGGGCACCUUUCUAAGGUAGUUGUAGAGGAAUCUGAUCAAGUUGACUCGAGUGAUUUAACUCAAGAAGACGAGCAACCCACCAUAAGCAACAACAAGAAGAGGAGAUUGCAUGAGGUGGAGCCCUUGUCUAUCGAUGGUGACAAGGAAAGAAGAAAGAUUCGUAUCCGGAUACCCAAUAUUGGAUUCGGGAUACAUAGCUUUAAACCCUGCCGGGAAUUGCCAUUAGCUAUACCAGAGAGCAGAAAUGAAACGAAGAGGUGUGGACUCGCUCUUAAGCAAUGCCAAGAGUUGCCAUUAGCUACACAAGUGAGCAGCAAGGAGAGUAAGAGGCACGACGCUCAUAAACUCUUCCCUAAACAAGGUCGAGAGUUUCCUUUGGCUAUGCAAGAGAGCAAUAAAUUUGAGAGUAAUGAACCUCAGAAACUCUACCUUAAACUAUCUCCAGAGUUGCUUAAACAACGCCAGAAAUUGCCAUUAGCUCCACAAGUGAGCAGCAGGGAAAUUAAGAGGGACGAAGCUCAGAAACUUCCACUUAAAACAUCUCGUGGGUUACCUUUGGCUGUACAAGAGAGCAAUAAAUCCAAGAGAAAUGAAGCACAGAAACUUUUCCUUAAACCAUCUCGAGAGUUGCCAUUAGCUCCACAAGCAACAGUAGGGAAAUCAAGACGGGUGAAGCUCAGAAACUCUGCCUUAAAACAUCUCGAGAGUUGCCUUUGGCUAUUCAAGAGAGCAAUAAAUCCAAGAGGAAUGAAGCUCAGAAACUGUGCCUUAAACCGUCUCAAGAGUUGCUUAAACAACACCAAGAGUUGCCAUUAG